GGUCAGGCGACGGUCCCGUGACGGUGGUGGCGCACGCGCAGUGCGGUCUGUCUGAAGAUGGCAGCUUCCUAAGAGAGAGAGGGAAGAGAACGGCGGCGGCAGCAGGAGCCGGCGCGGAGGGGACUGCGUUUCACUUGUACCCCGAGGCUUAGCUUCCUUCCCCCCCCCACGCUCCUUAUCACCACGCAGAGGCCUAUAGGCCACGUCAAAAUGAACAUCAUCAAGGAAAACAAGGAUUUGGCCUGUUUCUACACCACAAAACAUUCAUGGAGGGGAAAAUAUAAGCGAGUCUUUUCAGUUGGUACACAUGCUGUAACCACAUACAAUCCUGGUACUCUAGAAGUUACCAAUCAGUGGCCUUAUGGUGAUAUUUGCAGCAUUGGCCCUGUGGGGAAAGGACAAGGAACAGAAUUCACUUUAACUUUUCGCAAAGGAAGUGGGAAAAAAUCUGAAACCCUGAAAUUUUCUACUGAGCAUAGAACAGAGUUGCUGACAGAGGCACUGCGCUUCAGAACUGAGUUUUCAGAGGGGAAAAUCACUGGAAAGCGCUAUCACUGUUACAAGCAUCAUUGGACUGAUACUAGAAAGUCAGUGGUCCUUGAAGUUACACCUGGUGGGAUAGAUCAGAUUGAUCCUGCAACUAAUCGAAUUCUUUGUUCCUAUGACUAUAAAAAUAUUGAAGGCUUUGCAGAACUGUCUGAUUAUCAAGGAGGAUUUUGUGUAAUUCAUGGAGGAUUUAGUCGAUUGCAUCUUUUCGCAUCUGAACAAAAAGAAGAGAUCAUCAAAAGUGCGAUUGAUCAUGCAGGCAACUUUAUCGGUAUCUCACUACGCAUCCGGAAAGAACCAUUUGACUUUGAUCUUUACCAGAAUCAUCGCUUUGGCAAAUAUAGCAACGACGAAUCUAUUACAUCGCUAGCUGAAUUCGUUGUGCAAAAAAUCGCAACUAGGCAUCAGGAUCCUGUAAAGAGAGUACUAGCGCUUACAGAAACUUGUUUAGUGGAGCGUGAUCCAGCCACAUACAAUAUUGUGACACUCAAGCCUUUGGGAGAGGUUCGUAUCAUUUUUGAUUAA